CUUGCUUCGCCUGAUGAUCCUUAACAAGAGAUGACAACAUUUCGAAUCUAAAAAAGCCUUUUUUGUUUAUGUAAUUGUGGAUCAAAUCGACAAGUUGUUUCCAAAUUAAAAAAAAAAAAACUACACUCCAGCUUAUACUGUCACAUUUUACGACUCCGUGUGUUUAAACAAUAGCAAACACUUCAAAAAUACGUAAUAAAAACCCACUCCAGUGACAAAAGUCCGUUAAACGCCUCUGCAAAAUGGCUUUCGAUUUCGAAGUCCUUUGACAAAAUCGUCGAAAACCAAUGGAAUCAAUUUUUAAAUUACUAAAAAUAAAUGACAAUUCGUUACAACAAUCAAUUUCAUUAAAAUAAAUACGUUUUACCCAUUUCUUUCCCUAAGAAAUCAUGAACAUUUACAGUAUGUCACAUAUGAGCAGCGCCACCAAACGACUCAUACACGAAUCAAAAUUGAAAUUUUCAAAUAAUUUAACGUCGAUUUUGCUAUUCGCAUUCUGGACGCGUAUGUCACAAGUACUGUAUAAACAUUGAAUUUAGCCGGACGUGCAUCAUCAACGAUUAACGGGUGAAAUCGAAAAAAGUUCUUUCCUUUUAACAUUUGACAAACAAAACAAAAGCGAACAUUUAAUUAGCGUGUGCAAAAAUUGAAAUUGUGCAUCAGUGAAUAGUAAAAACGUCAUAUUUUUGUGUGAAAAAAAUAAACAAAAUCUAACAUUCCAAACGAAAUGGAUGACAUUGAUCAGUUUACAAAAAGAUUUCUGGAAAAUGCACAGAAUCGUAGUAAGAAGCUCGGCAUAAGUACUAUGUCAAAGGUUCCAUUGACCGAGAGUAAUGUCAUCGGUACAUCGUCGCGACAGCAUUCAACAAAGUCAAAAGCGGCAUCGGCGUCACCAAGGCGCCGCACAUCAACGGAUCGAAAGCAAUCGCUAACAUCGCCAUCAGCACCAAAAAGUCGUGCCGUUGCACUGCGCACUGUGAACAAUUCGGUGGGUGAGAUGAAAAAUGCGUUGAACAUCGAUGCAAAAGAAAAUGUAGACUUGGCUCUGGAAAUUAACAUAACCACUGGGCCAAAUGUGCAGAUACAGGUCGAGGUGGAAGAGCAAGAGCUGGAUGGUGAAGGCAAAGUAUUGAAUACGAUUCAAAAGCAACGCAAACAAAUCACAGCCAUCGAAGAGCGUGAAGAAAUUGCCACAGAGCGUGAUGAAAACGCCACAGCACCAUCGUCAUGUAUCCGUGAUUCAUCUCGUAAUCAAUUGCAUCGAUUGGGCGCUUUGUAUUCAAAUCCACAGGAUUUAUCAUCGCCAGUGCAUCGCACCGAAACUGCAUUUGCCAUUGAACAAGAGCAUGAAAUGCGAUCGGGUACAAAAUUGAAAAAAUCCAACAAACUCACCGAAUUGGCCAAUGCCUAUAACCAAUGGGAAGACGAAUCGACAUCGAGAAAUCGUGCACACAAAACGAAUUCGAACGAUCAAACCAAUGUUGCAACGAAAGUAAACGAAUCAAUAACGGUCAGUGGUAUCAAAUCAAUUGUAAAAUCUCCACGAAAACCAAACGAACGAGGUGCAACCGGUUCGAUUUUAAAUCGAAUCGAAACAUUUGAUAAGAAGGAAACGGACGAUAAUAAGAAUUUAAAUAAUAAGAAAUUAAAUUGGGACAAAAGUAUUAUGGACAGUUUGGAGUCGCAGGGUUUCAAACGUCGCGACACAACAAACAAGCGGUUAGAGUACGAUUUUAAGGGAGAAACGGACGGAAAAGAAAUCAACACCACGGUUUCAAAUGUAUUAAAACCACCAUCCGGCAUGUCAGCUUUGGCCAGCAAAGGCGCUGUACCAAAGACUGAUAUCAAGCAACAGCCGCCACUGGCAAAGAAAGUUGAUGUUACCAAAGGUUUGGUAUCUGGCCGUGCUGCAAUAUUCGAGACAAGCGCUUCACGUGCUACAAACGCAACCGCAUCAACCACUAGCAAUGCAAAAAAUCAGAAAGAUCCAGCUGAAAUGUCAUUGAAAGAACGAUUGGCAUUGUUCGAGAAGAACAAGGGUAGUGCACCGCUUCCAAAAGGUGCCAUCGGAAUUGGGGCAUCCGUCAAACAGAUUAUGGCUGAUAAAAAGCCAUCGGAAAAUGUGAAACAAGUGAUCACAACGCCACAACAACCAAUGAUCAGCAGCACUACGGUUCCAUCGGUCGCGCAAUCACCAUCGAAAAUCAAUAAUUUUAACAAAGCCACCAAAGCUGAGUCCACCGCUGCUGGAUCGGGAAUUCGUCAAACAGUCGCCGCAUUACUAUCGGCUCCGGCUACCAUUUCUGAAUCUCGUAUUGCGCACGAAAAUCGCAAGAUUCGUGAACAAGAGAUGAAUGUCGUGUUGAAUCGAUUCAACAACAUAGCCGAUGAGGAACCAGCCGCACCACCACCAGCACCACCGAUGCCAGACAAUCUCUUCAAAUCAGUUGGAUCUAAUGGGCGUAAGCGUUUGAGUGACGAAAAUCUCGGCGUAUCGACUCAGGUUCGAAGAAGUUUGGAAAAUGUAAAACGCAUCAAAGUUCAACCACCAAAAAGUGGUCAUGCUUAUCCAGCACUUUCUGACAUCGAAUCAUCUGGAGCCGAAAGAAGUACACCAGAGGUCUAUACCCCGGAACCAGCAUACACAGAUGAGGAUAACGAACACACAAUUAUGAAUCGCUACAUGUACAGUUCUCAAGAUGAAGGCGAUGAAGGCGAAGAAGAGGACAGUUACAUCAUGGAUUCCGAAGAUGAUGUUAGCAAUGUAUCCAAUCGUCGCGAUAACAGUGGCCGUCAUGUUCAUUAUGAAGACAGUUCGAUUACAAGUACCAAUUCGGAUGGUAGUGAGUUUGACAAAUAUUUGGAUGAAGCCAUCGAUAAUGUGGAAGAUGACGAUAUGGAUCGUCACAAUCGUAGAGGAAAUACAAUUCAAAAAGGUACCGUUUCAUCGAAUAGUUUUAGUUAUGAGCGUAAACCAUUGAAUCGUCAACAAGAGACCAUAUUUGAAGAGGAAGCUAUAACAAGUCAACCACACAGCUCCAGAUUCCAAAGCCCAAUCAAAUCAAGAUUGACGGUGAAUCCAUCGGAUGACAAUAAUUCGGUGACUUUGACACAUACCGUUAGCUUCUAUCGUCGUCAACAAAUACAAAACUCGCCCAGUGUUCAUAAGCCACUGCAUAAUACACAGCCAAUGUAUCAUGAACCAUCAACGACCGAUGACAAUACCGAUUUUGACGAUGAAGACGAGAAGUGCACACCAGAAACGAAACACAUUCGAGCACAAGAGGAUUUGGUCGAACAAAAGAUCCGACAACUUAUGGAUCAUGUUAAUAUUCAACAUCAACAGAUUGCACAGGCUAGCAAUGCUUUGAACACUUGUGCAUCGACAUUUGAAUUUUCCGGAUCAACCGAAUCUGUUGUAGCCGAAUGGAAACUUUUGGUUGCAUCUCACAGUCGUAAGGCCGCUUUACAAGAAGUGCAACGAUUACAAGUCGAGCGGUGCUUACGUCCACAAGAUGCACCAAAAGAGUGCGGUCGUCUCACAAUCAAAGACAUUGUAUUGCCAUUGCGCGAAGAUUAUGUGAAGAAAGUGUCGGAAGAGAAAAUAUUGGGUCAUCAUUUGGUGUGCUUGUUGAAAUACAAUGAACAUGUUCUGGCCACAAGAACCAUUCCGACGUUGCCUGGUCUGUUGGCCGUUAAAUUUCCCGGCGAAUUGCAUUUGGACAACGUAUAUGCUGACUUUAAAAUAACGCUCGAAAUCUAUGGAAUGAUCGCACAGCGCGAAUCGUUGCCACAUGAAAUUAAGUAUCACAUCAAAAAAGAGAAGAAGGGUGUGAUUAAGACGCCAAAAGGCAAGAAAACUGGAUCGAGUUUGAUUAUGCCACCAACUCAAUCACCAGCCGGUCCGAAUGCUGUUCGAGCACCCGCUUUCGCAUACUAUGGCUUUAUUAUAUUUUCACUGCGUGAAGUGCAACGCAACACAUGGACGUUGAAUCAAGUAUCUGCACCGGACAUAACACCAUUGGUGGGAACGGUGCACAUGAAAAUCAAUUGUGCCCUUUCGGUCAACAUUGAUCACAAGGCAUUUUUAACCAUGUUCGAAGACGUGUCCGGUUUUGGUGCAUGGCAUCGUCGUUGGUGUCGUUUGCAUGGAAGCAUCUUGAGCUACUGGAAAUACCCAGAUGAUGAACGUACCAAACCACCAAUUGGUUCAUUGGAUUUAAGUGUUUGUGAACAACACAAAAUCUCAACGGCCCCACGCGAAAUGUGCGCACGAUUAAACACACUUAUGAUUGAAUUAAAACGGCUACGCCGGGAUGAUGACGAAGACUCGAUGCUUUUGCAAACACAAGGCGAAUACUCAUAUGUUAGACAUUUACUAUCAGCCGAUACAAAAGAAGAACGAGACGAAUGGUGCGCAUAUUUCAACAAGACGUUAGCAUUGAUGCGAGCUUGGGGAAAUUCCGAUCGACAAUCAUCUAAAUAAAACCGAAUCAGUAUCCAUAUUUUUUUUACUGUUUUUUUUAUAUACAAAACAUAAAACGAUAAACUUGAAAUAGUUUGAAACAAAAAUCUAAAUAUUUACAUUAUUUAGCAUGUAAGUGGUCAUUACAAAAAAAAGGCAGAAAAUCAUUUUCUGUUUGAAAUUUUUCUUGAACAAAAAAUAUAUUCGCCAAAAAUGCCAUCACACGAUAAUCAUUCAGCCCAUAGUCAAUUGGGCCAUCAGGCAAAAGACAAAUGCCAUUUCCAAAACAACAACAAAAAUGUAUUUCCCCCGUAACAAUGUACUUUUUUCCGUAUUAUUUUAAUAACCUAAUUAUAUAUAAUCGGCUUUUUUUCUUGCAAAAAAUCGACAAUUUAAUUUUUUUUGUUCACAUGUUUGUGGCCAUUUAGAAUAAAGUAUACGUAAUCUCAUUGCAAACAAAUAAAA